AUGGACGCUCCCCGGACAGUCCUCCCGAUCCCGGUGGUGGUGAGGCCCGUCCGUCCGGCCAUGGGCCCCAGCCGGCCGGGGAGCCGUCCCCCGCUGCCCUCUCGCUUCCGCCUGCUGCUGCUCCUGGCGUCGGGGGUCCUGGGGGUGGGCUGGGCCGCCUCCGGCUACCUCCGCGGGACCCCUUUGGCCGCCCCGCCGCCCCGCAGGCCUCCGGGGACCGUCCGCCCGGCUACCUCGCCCGGACACGGGGGGACCCGGACUCCGGCCUUCGACACCCCCCGCACCCAGGCGGGCCUGGCUCCUUGCCCGGCCCGCUCUCCGCACCUGAGAGGUGCCGACCAGCUGGCCUUCCCGCCGUCGCUCACGUGGGACCACGUGCGCCGAAGCAACCCCGGGGUCCGGCGGGGUGGCCGCCACCGGCCCCCCGAAUGCCGGGCCCUCCAGAGCGUGGCCGUCCUGGUGCCCCACCGCGCCCGCGAGCGUCACCUGCUCUACCUCCUGGCCACCCUGCACCCCUUCUUGCAGAGACAGCAGCUGGACUAUGGCCUCUACGUCAUCCACCAGGCCGGGAGUGGCAAGUUCAACCGAGCCCGGCUGCUGAACGCGGGCUACCUGCAGGCCCUGAGGGAGCGCCCCUGGGACUGCUUCAUCUUCCACGACGUCGACCUGGUGCCCGAGAACGACCACAACUCCUACACGUGCGGCCCCCAGCCCAGGCACCUGGUGGUGGGCAGGAACAGCACCGGCUACAGGCUUCGCUACCAAGGCUACUUUGGGGGCGUCACCGCCCUGACCAGGGACCAGUUUGCCCGCGUGAACGGAUUCUCCAACAAUUACUGGGGCUGGGGGGGAGAAGAUGAUGAUCUCAGGAUCAGAGUGGAGCUGCAGAAGAUGCGGAUUACACGGCCGUCGCCCGAUGUGGCGCGGUACACAAUGAUCUUCCACACCCGAGACAAGGGCAACGAGGCGAACGUGGGGAGGAUGAAGCUUCUGAACGAGGUGGGCCGCGUCUGGAAGACGGACGGGCUGAACUCGUGCUCCUACCAGCUGCUGGCCGUGGACCACGCGCCUCUGUACACCAACGUGACCGUGGCAUUCCCGCCGGGCUCCUAG